CAUACGAUGCCCUGCCUGACCGCCCUAAUUUCUCCCGCUCCCCAAUAGCGGACAAGGACACCAAAACUCAACAAACUCCUUACAUCCCCACCCACCGACUUCGCUACCCCCACGACCUCACUCAUUUUCCGUGAUUACUUUUUCCACUUUCUAUGAUCUAAUCUAAUAAUAAGACUAGAAACGAAAAUUUCGUAGCAAGAAUCUCUCGAAAUACACACACACCAACUGUAUCUACUAGCUGUCCAUAAAUAAAAACUUUCUUUUGGGGCAGAUAUUUCUUCCAUGGCUUUGUAGCAGAUCUUGCGGCUUCAAUGAAGGAAUCUUCAAAAUAACCGUUCAAGAAAUCUAUUUCGCUAUCCAAAUUUUCCACAUUUUUUUUACAGUUCCAAAAUAACCUUUCAACUGUCUUCAUUGGAGAUUUAGUGUUCGCAUUGAAUUUUGCGUUCAAUUUUUUUUUUGGGUAAUAAAAAUGGAGGAUAGAGGAGAAUCAUUCGUGGCAGUGAGGAUAUCUCAAGGGAAUAGUACUACUACUUGCCAUUCUACUUCUGAGGUUGUGGCAGGAUCAACAGCAUGGCUUGGCAGAGGCCUUUCAUGCGUUUGUGCCCAGGGAACAGAUAUUGAUGGUCGUCCAUCAUUUGAUCUGACACCAGCCGAGGAGGAAUGCUUGCAAAGACUACAAAACCGUAUAGAUGUUGCAUAUGAUAGUUCAAUUCCUGAACAUCAGGAAGCUUUACGAGCAUUGUGGAAAACUGCCUUCCCUGUGGAAGAACUCCAUGGUUUAAUAUCUGAGCAGUGGAAGGAAAUGGGUUGGCAAGGGAAGGAUCCAUCUACUGACUUUAGGGGUGCCGGAUUCGUAUCACUGGAGAACUUGUUAUAUUUUGCGCGAAAUUUCCCGAAAUCGUUCCAGGAUCUUCUUCAAAAGCAGGAAGGUGAUAGGGCAUUGUGGGAAUACCCAUUUGCUGUUGCUGGUGUCAACAUCACAUUUAUGCUUAUCCAGAUGCUUGAUCUAGAAGCUUUAAAACCAAGGAAUCUGGUGGGAGCAACUUUUUUGAAGUUUCUUGCAGAAAAUGAAUCAGCAUUUGAUCUGCUAUAUUGUAUCACGUUUAAGCUGAUGGAUCAUCUGUGGCUUGCCAUGCACGCGUCAUAUAUGGACUUCAAUACAGUUAUGAAGUCCACUCGUCGACAAAUUGAAAGGGAGCUUUUGCAAGAAAACGUAACACGGUUGGAGGAUUUGCCCUCAUACAGACUUCUUAGUCAAUAGUUAUUGUAGCCCUGGCAUCUUAUAUUUCUUUUUUAGUCAUGAGAUCUCAGCAAAAGGGAAAGAUUUUCUUACCAGUUCUAUGACAUUUGUUGGUUUCUUACGAAUUAGAUGCUUUUUCAUACCGUUGGUCUCUUCCUCUUUCACACUGAGGCGAUUCUUAGAGGUGUUGACUGGAAAUAAUAGGUUUCUCCAGUGCAUGAUAUAAUUUGUUCUCCUGA